AUGCAACGCCAUCUUCGGCCUGAUGGGGACCCUCCUGCGAUUCCUAUUCACCAGCGACGACGCCGCGGGGAAGGGCCAAACAACGCCGUGGUGGCUGUUGCUCCCGCUGAAGCUGCUGCUCCCGCUGAUGCUGCUGCUCCCCUUGAAGCUGCUGCUCCCGCUGAAGCUGCUGCUCCCGCUGAUGCUGCUGCUCCCCUUGAAGCUGCUGCUCCCGCUGACGCUUCUGCUCCCCUUGAAGCUGCUGCUCCCGCUGACGCUCCUGCUCCCCUUGAAGCUGCUGCUCCCGAUGACGCUCCUGCUCCCCUUGAAGCUGCUGCUCCCGAUGACGCUGCUGAACCAUUUGCCAUUGUACAUGGACAACCUGCCGUUCCACCAAGAGUUGUGCGAAAUCGCCAAAUAACACGCCAUCUUCGGCCUGAUGGGAACGGCCGUGCGAUUCUUAUUCGCCAACGACGACCCCGCGGGGAACGCCCAAACAACGUCGUGGUGGCUGUUGCUCCCGCUGAAGCUGCUGCCCCCGCUGACGCUGGUGCUCCCUUUGAAGCGGCUGCUCCCGAUGACGCUGUUACUCCCGCUUAUUCAGCUGCUCCCGCUGACAUUGCUGCUCCUACAGAGGCUGCUGAACGUAAUCUUUGUGGUGUGUGCCUCAUGAACACAGUUGAUUCUGCUUUUGUGUCAUGUGGGCACAAACUCUGUGCAGCGUGUGCAGAGCGUGUCGGUCCAUUAUGCUGUUUCUGUCGGACUCCUGUCCAACAUAUUUUAAGAAUAUAUGUUCAAUAA